AUUUCCGGUUUGCAAAUUUCUCAAAAGAUCACAUUUUAUAGAAAAUGGUAAAAUACAAUGCUUAACGGUCUAAUUGACUUAGCAAAGCAACAGAAGUGCUGUUGGUAUAAAACCAUAAUGAACCUUGAUGGAUGAGUUGGAAUUCAAACCAUAGCCUAAUGAACUAGGUCAACACCUCCUGAUACAUACCACCUCUCACAAGUAUCAAGCCAAACAUAUUAUUGGAUUUAAUAUCACCUUGAUGGCUGCUUCGCUUCCUUCACGUAGCAUAUCCGUAGCAGAAAAGCCUCAGCAAUAUGACUUCUAUUUAUGCUAUAACCAAAAUGAUGAGAACGAUGCCUGGAAGCUAUGUAAAGCUCUUGAAGAAAUAGAACUUGACAAUGGACGAAAAAUACAAGGAUUCAUUGAUUGCAGAGAUGGACACCCCGGUAAAUCAAUCUUCUCAAAUAUGGGAGAAGCCUUACAGUUGAGUAAAAAGGUCUUGGUACUGCUUACGGAGAACUCAAUGUGUGAAAAAGCAUUUACAAGCGAUAAGGAAGGUGCUCUGUUUGAGUUCAAAGUCCACACCACAUUACAGAUUUCAAUGGAAGAUUUCGUUCGUGGUUCUCAGGUGCCUGGGAGUAUUGGGACAUAUGUUGUACCAGUGUUUAAUGGGUUCUCUCCCAAAAGAGCCCCUCCUUUGAUGAAAAACUUGUUUGGUAUAGAUUUGCAGCAGAAUAAUCCAUUCACAGAUGUCACCACAAAGUUUAAGAAACUCUUCUCACCAGAAACUGGAAUUCAGCGUACAAUCAGUUAUGAUUCACUUUGAUUGUACCAAACUGCAAUAUACAUGGAUACAGAAAGAUAAAACAAUGCUAAGACAUAUUGUUAUUCAUAUGAUAUUAGUUAGAGUUACUAACCAGGUUUAAUAGAUUUGUUACAAAGCAUUUUGACAAAAAAGUUCCAGUCGGUAACAAAGGAUUUUUGUUGAGGUGUCACACAGUCACAAAAUACUUUGUCAGGAAGUUUUUAGUCAAAAUGCUUCGUGACAAAGCAGGGUUAAAUUUAACCCUGCUUUGUAACAGGUACCAUUGAAACAAAAAUUCGCUGUAUUACAUUGCAUUCAUCACUAUGCAUGUUUUAGGCUCCUAGACAUAUUGGUCACAGUAGGUGUUUAGGGAGAAAACCAGAGGGGCAGAGACUUAAAGAAGUAAAACUAACUGUUUUUGAAUGCUCAUAUUUUGCCCCUGGUAUUAUGAUACUGUUUUUCCAGAGUGCAGGGGCCCUGAACAGUGCUUGAAAUACUACAUGGUUGUCUCGUUAUCACACCAAGCAACGUUUGUGUAGAAAUAUAAACUGAUAAAGAGAAGUCCAUCCAUUCAUUUGUUUGUUCAUUCAUCUAUCCAGCCAAUAACUUUAAAAAUACUUCAUCCACAGAUUUGACUAAGGCCUCUGCUCAAGAAAGAAUGUUUAAAAUGCCCAUGUGUUUAUCUAUUAAAAGGAUUUAGCAGAAUGGCCACCAUAUAUUGUUUUUGGAUAGAACAUAUUGCUAUCUCAUAUAUAUUUAUUAUGAAUAAUUAGCACAUGUUAGAUAAUUAAUUCUUCAGUUAACUGUUAGUUUUAUUUCAUUGAUGAUGUUAUGUACCUUGUUCAAUAUUUUUUUUACAAAAAAAUUAUUUCAUUUUACAUGAUUUACAGCACAGAUUGAAUAUUUUUAUAUUGUACUGUAUUGUAUUUUAUACCUUGUUCAAUAUAGUAAUGCUCUGUAAUUGCUGUAGGUGAGCAAUUUUUGUUUUCAUACGUUUUAGGUCCUAAUUAGAUUCAGUUUUUAUUGAUUAAGUUUGAUACAUUCACUAAAGAAAAAACGGAGGACAUAUGAGAAACC